AUGGAGGCGAGUGGCGACGACGACCCGCUCGAGCUCCGGCGGCUUGCCGUGAGCUACGACUACCUUGUGUUCAAGAUUAAGGACCGCAUGGCGGCGCUAAUCGAGGAAACGGAGCGGGCGGUGGUGCUUAAGGAGCAGGCGGUCGAGGAGGAGUAUCUCGGCCAGAAGUUGGCCAUUGGCGACCGCAUGGAGCAGAUCGACCAGUUGAACAAGCGGUGUGACGAACUAGAAGCGGAAUUCGCUCGAUUGGAACAGUUGUACGUGUUUGUCGACGACUUUAAGGCGAGACUAGCCGCGCUCAAACAAGGGUUCGCCGCAGUGAACACUCGACCGAGCUGA